AUGACACUCGAAACACGUGAUCAAAAGACAAAUUUUAUCACAUUAGUAAAUUUAACAUGGACUCAGCUUUCUCAAACGUUAAUUGAUAUUGGUUAUAAUGAUGUACAGCAAACACAAGAAACGAAAUUAUUUAUCGAUGAUACACGACUAUUUUUUCAAGAUCGAUUAAAAAUAUUUCAAGAAAAACGAAAAGAACUUGACGUACGAAUAACGGAAUUAAUUAAUCAAAUGAAGACAUUAUUAUUCGUUUUGAACGAACCAGAACCAAAAAUUCUUACACAAAUCCUAAAAUUACCUUUACCAAUACGAGAAGAACAAUUACAUAAGUUAAUUGAAGAUCUUAAAAAUGUAAGAAAUGAUCGAGAAAAGAAAUUGAAAAUGUUAUGUACAACAAUGGCAUAUCAGUCAAAUGCAUUAGGCAUACCAUUCGAUCCAAAAUAUCAAGACAUUGAACAACUUUCCCAACAACUUGUUCACGAAUUUGAAGUUAUAACAUCAAAUAUGGGUAUUCGAUUAUUAUCUCUCAAGCAGCAUUUAAAAGAUCUAAGUGAAAAACUAUUAGAACUAUCCGGUGUCGACACAAAUAAGACUGAACUAGAUGAUUUAGUCCAACAAUUUCUCAAAAUAUCUGAUUUUACAACUUUAAACGAAGAAAUUCCGAAUGGUGUCGAGCUCAAAGAACAAUUGUCGCUAUUAUAUGAUAGAUUGAAACAAGAACACGAUAGAAGAAUGAAAGAAUUACAAACAUUACACUUGAAUCUAAUCCAUCUUUAUAAAGUAUGCGGAAUAGAUAUUAAAGACACACCAUUUGCAGAGAUUGGCAUACCCACUCAGCAGCGUCUCUCUACUAUCCAGUCGGAAAUAGAAGAAACAGUAAACAAAAUAGAAUUGUUAAAAAAAGAGAUAAAAAUUAUAUAUCAAUCUGUUCUACAGAUGCGAAAGGAGCUCGACGAAAACGGCAAAUGGUUGACUCAACAGGAAAGUACACUAAUUGUUGAAUUAUUGAAUUUAUCCGAUAUUUUUUUGUGGAAUAAAGAUCAUCCUAGUUUGCCACAAUUGAAUGAAAAAUUACAGAAAGAAUAUGUUAAUCUAAUGGAAGAAAAAGAACGUCGUAUUAAAAUGAAAGAUCGAUAUUUAAAUGGGAUUAAACGAUUAUGGGCACGAAUGAACCUUUCUGAAAAUGAUGAAUUUCGAAUGAUGUUCAGUUCGAAAUUGAAUAAAAUAGAAAAUCAUAAUUCUUUAGAAGUUGUUGAGCUAUGCAAGAAAGAAUACGAACGAUUAUCAGCAUUUAGAAAAGAUCAAAUACAAGCAUUAUUACUCCAAACAAAAACAAAAUUAAAUCAACUUUGGAAUGAAAUAGAAGUGCCCGAAAUAGAUCGUCAGUUAUUUUUAACUCAAGGAAUGAACGAUGAUGAUGAACAAUUAUUGAUUAUGGAAGAAGAAAUAGAACGUUUAGAAAAAUAUAUUGCAUCGAUUCGACAAAUAUUAACAAAAAUUCAAAAACGUGAAUGGUACAAACAUGAAAUGAUUGAAUUUGAAAAAAUUGCCGGUGAACCAAAUCGAUUGAAAGGCAGUUCUAUACAAUUAAUAAAAGAAGAAAAAUUUCGAAAAGAUUUGGCAAAAGAGUUUCCUAAAUUGACAGAAGAUUUACGUACAAUGAUUGCCGAUUGGGAAAGAAACGAUUCAAAAAAAAGAUUAUUUUUUCGUGGUGAACCUUAUCUGAGUAUACUUAAUGCUGAAACUUUUAGUCCUGAUUUUGAACUAUUACAUUUAAAAUUGUUAACCAAACCGUUGUUGGAUAGAGCGAACAGUGUAUUGAGUGAGACGGACAGUUUCACAACUGCCCCGAUACAGGCAAAAAAACGAAUGUCGGCAAGUCAACCGCGAACUCAACCGGUUACAUUGAAACCCACUGGCAAAACAAUUCAAAAAUCAUCUGUAUAUUCUGAAAAUACAACAAAGAAAGUUGACUCUAGACCAUCGACAGCCACAUCAAAAGAAACUCCGUCGAGCUCUCGAACAUCAUCAGCUCGUUCUUCAUUGAUCGAUUCCGUACAUGUCCCUCUAAAUAAUGUGCUACUUUCAUCUACAUUAUCGUCAAUCGGAAAGACAAAAAUCCCGCUACCUUCAAAACUAGUGAAACAGAGAACUUUACCAUCCUGA